AUGGACAGACAUCGGUGGAAACCAGACAGAGUCCCAACCCAACAUCAACUCGCAGUCCGGCUCCUUCCAAUCGCCCCUCAAGGCCUUCGACAGCCGCGCCAAACCCGAGAUCGUCGCAUGAAAGAUUCAACGCUCCUAGACCCAGCGCUGGUCGCAGAGGUCGUUCACCCUCAACAUCGCCACCGCCAGAACCGCCAAGUGAGGAGUAAGUCUCGGGCCCUGCGUUGCUCUACAAACAAACCGCUAAUUAUGCCGACCAGGCUCAUGAUUGAAGGUGUCGACCAUGACGACCGUUAUCGCAUGGUAGAGGAUGAAUUCCUCGCAGUGGCCGGCGAGUUUACACGCCAUCUUCACGCGGCAGAAUACCAGCGUUUGAAAGGCCUCGCCAGAUCCCAGAAUGCUGAUACCAUCUCGAACAUCUCACGCCCCGUCACUGGCGAGAUGACCGAAAUGGUCAAGAGCCGCCAUGCUGCGCUCAACAUUGCAUCGAAACGACGAAAGGGAAUCACUCAGCUGAAGGGACUAUCCCCUCAGACAACAAGUGAUACCGAUGAUGAGGAAGCACCGUCACGAAAGCAGCCGAAUCCGAAUUCCCUCCAGGGACUAAUGGACAGCCCGCGUAAGCAAGCUGUACCGCUGACUUCGGUUUCAUCCCUGCUCCAGGGCUCAAGCCUCCGGGAAACAAGCCCUUCAAGUGGACGCAUGGCUCCUCCUGGUUUGAGGAGGGCAGAGUCAACCUUCUCGGUCCCGAUCAAGCGAGAGCCAACCCCAGACUCUGAUGAUCUAGACAGCCAAGCACCUUGGCCAAUCAGGCGAACGUCGACACGGCCAUCCAUCAAGCGCGAAAUGACAGCAGCUCAGGAAACAUCAUUCGCUGACUUUCCUGCUCCGCAGCCCAGAGCAAGAUCCCGCGCUGCUACCAUUGAGCCAUCAAGAGCGAUAUCACGUCCGCCAGAGCAGUCCCAAAGACAGGCAACUCAAGAUACAAAGCAACAGGACGACGACGAUGACGACAACGAUUUCCUUUCUCGUAUUCGUGCUAGAAGACUAGAACAAAGACGGCGCCGAGAAUCCAGAGCACAGCCAGGAAUCAAAUCCGAAACUCAGGAAGCAGCCCUUGACGAUAUUCCAUUUGUCUGA